AUGAGGAGAAAUACUAGGGGACGUGGGUGGGAGGAGACACGACUGGAGGAGGUGGAUAGUGAGGAGGAGACAUACGGGCGGGAGUUGGUGAGGAGCGGUCGAUACAAGGAGUAUGGAGGGCGAGGGUCGCGGAGGCGACCUGUGGAUUAUGAGGAUCUGACUGAUGAAUCUGAAUCAUUUGAUGGGGGAGAGUUCGAUCUAUACGACCAUGAGGAUAGCACGGUAGCCUACGCGAUUCAACUGGCCAUGCGGGACAAGGAAGAUCAAUUGGUGGACACAGCGCUCGAACGAAUUCGCCGCGCGCAAGUUCUGGGGAAGAAAAACGUUCGGCUGUCGAAACAGGAACUGGGUGCCUUGGAGCGCAAGCGCCAGGAGACGGACAGUUUAAGCGGAAGCCGGCGCCCAUCUGUCAAUUCUGUCAAAGUGACGUCGCGCCCAUCGUCGCGUCGGAGUGUUGCGCCAGACCCCGGCGCGUAUCCGUCCUUUGCUGAUGCACACAGCAUCUGGGCCCGUGGGACGGGCACGAGCCGGCCAUCCAGCUCGUCUUCUGCUCGUCCCCGGACUCCAACGACACAAUCUCUUCGUCCCCAACAGUCCAAUUCACCCCUUCGACCUACCUACCCACCAUAUGCCCCCGAGCGCUUUGUCCCCAAUACCCGACCACAGUCGAUGCAACAACCGCCUGUGUUCCCACGGCCACUACCAGACGAUCCGCAGUGGGCUCCAUCCUACUACAACAUGCAAAUGAGUCCAUAUGGGGAACCUGCGCCAUACCCACCGCAGGCUCCCACCGAUCCCCGGGUCGGGCAGCAAAAUCGAAUGAGUUACGCGUCAGGGUCUUCACACCAAGGUUACCCAACCCCGGCCAAGCGCUCGCCGCAAGGCACAACGCAGGCCCGGGGAGAGAUAGCUCCAGAUCCAGUCAAGUUAGAAUCGGAGCAGUCUAGUGAAGAUGACUCGGAGAGUGAGGAUGAAGUGCAGAUCGUCAAGGUGACCAAGGUGGCUGAGCGCAAGGCCCCUGCUAUUGCGCGGCGUCCGGUUGCUGGAACCACCCGUAAACGGACCAGCCGAUGA